AAAAUUUUGCUUCGUGUCGGAACUGCAGAAAAUAAAAUAUCAACUUUCCUGCUUUUCAGUUGCUAUGCAUGAUAUUCCAGUGUUUAUGCAGUAAUACUUUGAAAAGUGCUCUUGUAAAGUGUAAUAGCAGUUGAAAAUUGUAAUAAAACGUUGACGGAAAAAGGAUUUGUUUUCGUUGUGCGAAAGCUGUAAAAUCGGAAGCGUGUUUGUGUGUUUCCUGAAUUUGCCGCGCUAAUUAUCAGAUUUUUCCAUUCGAGGUGAAAAAACUAGUGGUUCUAGCACCAUUUAAUUUGUCGGUAGGAAAUUUUCUUCCUUCUACAUGAAAAAACUGCAUGUCACAUACAGGCACAGCAACACAACUAUAUUUUGUUUACGUUCCCUGGUGGAAGUGCAAGCUGAAUUAUCUUUCCCGCUUUGGUCGGCUCUGAACUCGGAGUGCUGUUUUUUGGACAAGUUUUCAAAACUAUUGUGUGCUCGAUGGGAAGCUAGUGUGAAGCAUAAAUUAAGUAUGUCGAGUGCAGUUUAAAAGUAUUGUAAAUACAAGUCGGAAGGUAGCACAUAAUGUCGAAAACAACAGUGCUGUCAGUAACGGGAACUACAGGAGGAAUAGCCGGAGGUGGAUCUGGAGGUGGUGACUUUGAUGUUCCUGGAUUCGAGCAAAGAUUGCGUGAUCUAAAGGAUACGCAGGACAGUAUACAGCAGCUAUCGGCGUGGUGCCUGCAGCGAAGGUCCCACCACAAAAAAAUUGUAUCUAGCUGGCUCAAUGUGUUGAAGCAAGUUAAAGUGGAAAGCCGAUUAACACUGUUUUACCUGGCAAACGAUGUGAUUCAGUAUAGCAAACGGAAGAAUUACGAGUACGUCGAUAGCUGGGGGACGUACCUGCAGAAAGCAACAACCCUGGUUCGAGAUGAAAAAGUGAAGCAUAAAAUAUUACGCAUUUUCAAAAUCUGGGAACAGCGAGAAAUCUAUAACGAUGAAUUUUUGGCCGAUUUGAACGGCCUUUUGAGUGCAACAUCAGCGAAGAAAUGUGACUCGUCGAAUAGUGUGUCCCUCUCGGGAUCCGGAACCACCACAACGGUAACUUUGGCUACCGGUCCAACGAGAUUGGUUGAGGCAAAAAAUGCAGCUGCGGCCGCUGCUAUCGAUAUCGAAGAUUUUCAAACGGCUUCACUUGUUUCGACCAUUAAGGAGUGCGUCAAAAAUGAAACGGACACAGAUACAACUUUCAAGAGUCUGAACAAAACCCCCCCACUUGACGUAGAGCUGGUAAAAAACUCGAUUAAGGGCAAAGAUCGAAAACGAGUCGAGGACAUUGAACGCGAAAUCGAGGAAAAUCUUGUACACUACCAAAGCUACGUGCACAGCUUGAAGACGGAACUAAAAUCCAGGAGAAUGUUGCUCACUCUGCUGGAACAGGCUGAAACAUUCUACCACAAUCAACGCGGUGAAGUGAAAGUUGUGGCCAAUGCAUACAGAAAUUUCGGCAAUCGGUUGAAAAGCAUGAAGAAAAAGUUGGAUGAGUUGACAACUACUCUGCCAAGUCCGAUUCCUUCGCCGGAUAUCAAUGCGCCCUCACCGGAGCCCGACAUGGAUCUUCAGCUUCCGGACGACCAGAGUUUUUUCAACGUGAAUGGAAUGAUGAACAGCUAUAUGGAUGGAAACUUGCCUUUCGAUAUAAACGAUUUCCGGCGUGAUUCUCCGACCACAAAUGCCGUGCAAUCAAUACAAGUGAUAAAUUCUCGAAAGGAAGAAUCGGAGGGAGUGAAUGACUUUUUGAAAACGUUUUUCCCAGAUUCCAAUAAUCAGCCAUUUUCCGCUGGUAGGGGCAGACCAGAACCACAUCAUAUUCCGCCGCAUUCUUCUCAUUCAGGGGCCAGCGGUAGCGGCGCCUAUGUACCAUCACAUAGCAGUAAUUCUUCUUUGGAGGAUUAUGCAAAUGGAGGUGCUUCAGCUGACUAUACAGCCAGUCUGAACAGCUACGGAGUUCCGUCUAGUGUGGUAGGCAGUGCUUCGGACUACGGACUUCCAGGUCUUAUUCCGCGGCAAAACAACCAUCAUCCCGUUGGCAUGAAUAGACCUUUUACCAGUGGCCCUCAGUACAAUCAGCCAAUGCUCUCGGAUUACUCCACAGGAAGGCCACAGCCAGUUGCGAGGGGCCCUUUGCUACCGCCACCAGCACCGGUUAACUUAGAUCGAAGUGAUGAGUACAAUUCUACAUGGGAUAUGUCCAUGACUUGGGAUGGACCACAUGACCAAUCCGGUUUCCAAAGUCUUGAUACGCCGGUGUCACCACCGCACUACGAACGGAAGGGUAUCAACUCCAAUGUAAUUGAAUACAUUGAUGGGGUGAAUGACGACGAGCCGUUGCAAGAUGUGGAUCAUCGGCAACUUCCUAACAUGCCAAUUCCUGCCUUCUUGAAGGACAAAGGUCGGCUGAUGGAUGUGGAUCAUCGUAAUCUAAUCUCGCUGACUGGUUCACCUGGCCCACUGCUCAAAUCAAGCUUGGACGAUCUUGAAGAUAUUGACGAUGAUGAUGACGAUGCUGAUUUGUUGCUGAAAGCUGACAAUGAUAACGAUACAGAAUCGCAAGACCAAACGCUAACAGCUGCAGAUGCUGACAAAUCGAACGCAAAUUCGUCAGACCUUGGUUCAUUCUGGGGCAGCAGUGGCGACGUUGAUCUCAGGCACGCUAGCUUACUAGAACCCCCGCCACCACCAGUGCCCGCUCCAACGGCUGCUACUGUUAGCAACAGCAGCAACGGUAGUACUGCCACAACAACAGCGAGUGAAACGAAGGAUCUCGAUUUGCGGAUACAGUCCAUACAGAAGGCACUCGAUUCGCAUUUUGCAGCAUCAACUGACAAUUCCAAGAGCGCCGAGGAUACGGAAAGCAAUAUGUCCUCACUUCAGCUGCUACAAACACCCACUUCGUUACUUGAAAUUGACGAUUUUCUGCAAAAUUUCGAAAGGGAGAACUUUGACCUUAGCAAGCCGCCCACUGUGUUGAUGAGUAAUCAAUCAGAAAUAUCGCUUUCGCCUCCUCCAUCGCUUCUAGAUGCGGAUGCUUCGACACCCAAACGGACACCGCAAGAGCAUAGUAAUGACGCCACGCAAAAUGAUGCAAAAAGCCCCGUAGAAAACAAUGAAAGUGUUGACAUGGAUCUUUCUGAUGAGGAGUAUGUCCCUGAGCACCCAACAGAUUCUACGUCAGGUAAGAGUGGAACUUCGUCGGACAAGCCUUCCGCUUCGUCUCCUCAUUCUUCAAUUUCAUCGCUGAUUACGGUGGUGGGAAGUAGCAACUCAAAAUCAACCGCACCAGUGGCCGGUACAACUUCAGUCGAUUCGACGAUCAAUUCUCUUUCAGCGCCAAUACCAGAAGACGACGACGAUAUCCCGUUGGAAGAUUCUACGGAACCGUACGAACCGUUCGAAGGUGAAGAUGUCGAUGAUCCGUUACCGGAAAUACCUGAUCUUAGUGAAAAUGUACAAAGCAUCAGCACGGCAACAGCGACUCCUACAACGCCAACCGCUCCAACGAUUCAACAAACUCGUCCCCCUUUACUGCCGGAUCCAGAAUUUCCACCAUCCUUUGCUUUCCAGCAGCAGCAGCAACAACACCAACCUCAACCGCAAAAACCAUGGGAGCUAGCACCGCCUCCCUUGAACAAUUUUGGCAGUCCCAAUAUUCCUAGUUUGGCUGAUUUGGCUAAUUUUGGAGAUUUUCCUAAUUUGGCAGCGGGGCUGAACACGUUUAAUCAGCCUCCACCAAACGAGUGGGGUCAACCAUUGUGGAGCAAUCAAAUGGGUGGCCCUAAUGGCGGCGUUCCAGUGGGUGGCGGCAUGAAUCACUUUGGUGCACCUAAUCGGCCACCUUUCGGCGGAUCUCCGUUUGGAAAUAACAAAAACAACUUUAGGAAUCAAUGGGUUGGUGGACGAGGCGGUAAUGGUGGUGGAGGAGGACCAAGGCACGGUUCACCGUACUUUCGUGGUGGUGGCGGCGGUGGCGGUAUGCGAGGAGGUGGUGGACGAGGCAAUUUCCGAGGAUUCCGUGGCGGGGGAGGUCACCAUAAUAACAAUCGAGCUGGAAAUUGGUAAAUAAUUUCACAGGUUCUUUCUGUUUUCAUUUUGUUUGCGUGCGUGUGUGAUUGCGCGAUUGGAAUACAAUAGGUCUGUAUGCUUGCGUCUGUAUGUGUAUACUAAUGACAACUAUAAACCGUGCAGAUGUAAUUUACAGACAAUGGACUCAGCGAAUAGUGGCGCCAAGAUUUUAAUUCUAAGCUGACGCUGAACAUGUUUUACUUGUUAAAUAAAUUGGUGAAACAAAAAAAUCUGGUUUUAGAGGUUAUUCAUGCUGUUUUGAAAACUUUUCGUUUUCCUACAUUUUGAGCUACAAUCAAGUAGGAUUGUUGAGAAUAUGAUGCGUUUUAAAAAAAGUCUGGCCAACGUAUCCUAUCUGCAAACGUAAAAUAAGCAAGUGGAAAUUUAUUUCUAAGUGCUAGUCUGACCUGGAAUGGCUCUCACGCGACUUGUUUACGCUUGCUUAUGUAUUUUCUGCCGUAGUUUUAAAUACGGAAGAUCAAGGACAUUUACAAAUUUUAUCUGUAUUGAUCUUUGACGAUCAGAUGUUUUUGGGGAAAUAAACUUUUUCUUUGGGGCGUUUUAUAAAAAUACG